ACUUUGUUAGUUAAUAUGAAUUCUUUUGUGCAAUGCAGUGUGUAUAGGAGCACACAUUUGAUGAGCAAAUGCAGAAGUUCACUAGAGCUAUUCUUUGCAAUAUGGUUUGUGAUGGGAAAUGUUUGGUCAUUUGACUCACGUUUUGGAACAUUACAACAAGCUCCAAAACUCCAAAUCCUAUGCAUAAUCCUUCUUGUUUGGAAUGCAAUUUGUUACUCUUUCCCUUUUCUUCUCUUUUUAUUGCUCUGUUGUUGUGUUCCACUCAUUACCAUCCUCCUUGGUUAUGACAUGAACAUGGGAUCCUCUUCUAGAGGUGCUUCGGAGGAUCAAAUCUCACAACUUCCAUCUUGGAGAUUUAAAGUUGGGCAUACCAAAUUAGAUCUUGAUAAUGAUUCUCAAUGCAGCGAAAGAUUGAUCCGCGAUGAGCCGGAAUGUUGCAUAUGUUUGGCCAAAUACAAAGACAAAGAAGAAGUUAGGCAACUGCCUUGUUCACAUAUGUUCCAUCUAAAAUGUGUUGAUCAAUGGCUAAGAAUUAUAUCAUGCUGCCCUCUUUGUAAAAAAGAAUUACAAAGGUAGCAACAAUAACACAAGUCAACACACCAACAAACAACGCACUAAAUCUUAUAUGCAUAAUAUAUAUACAAUAUACUCCCAAAGUUUUUGUUUUCCCACUUUGGUUACAUGAGUGAGUUUGUGUGCAUGUACAGAAGAGAUCACCAUUCACCAGUAACCAAAAUUUUACAUUAAAAUUAUAGUGCUUAUAGUUCUCAAGGGUGAAUCCUAAUUACUUUUUCAAAAUAGCUUGUUGCCUGUUUAAAGAAUUUCUUUUCCACUAAAAUGGAUGUACAAUUUUUUUCUGUGAGAUUUAAAUAUUGUAAGGUAUUGAUCCAUGUACUGAAUAAUAAUGAAGUGAAUAUUUAUA